UCACGCACGCCGGGCAGAGCACAGAGCCAGCCCAGAGCGGUGUUGCUGCACGUGGUGGGGAAUGAAGAGCUGAAGCCUGCCUCCUCCUCCGGGCUCAUCUAAUCCUCCAACUCUAUGAACUUCCAAGAUAGAACUGACCUACCCCAGCACCAAAACAAUGCAACCAGCAACACAGCUUCGGUUCACCAGCCAGCCAUCACCCAAUGGGCAGUGCUUCCUGUUGCCCCAGUCCACCCUAGUCUCCAAGACAAAGAGGGGAGACCCACACCACAGCCCCAGCAUGAGCCCCACCAAUCCAAGGAGCAUCUCCCACCACCGCCGGCCCAGGACAAGACAGCGGCCUCCCCGCCACACCGCAUCCCGCGCCUGCGCAAGGUGGUCGAGAGCCAGGCCUUCAAGAACAUCCUGGUGGACGAAAUGGACAUGAUGUUGUCACGGGCGGCCACUCUCAUCCAGGCCAACUGGAGGGGGUACCAGCUCCGGCAGAAGCUCAUCUCUCAGAUGAUGGCGGCCAAGGCCAUCCAGGAGGCGUGGCGCCGCUUUAACACCAAGCGCAUCCUGCGGUCCAGCAAGGCGGUGGUGAAGAAAGCGGCCGCCGAGGAAGCUGACAUCCCGUACCAUCCCCCUCAGCAGGUGCGUUUCCAGCACCUGGAGGGCAGUCAGGCCCGGCCAAAGCAGCCCAUCAUGGUUAGCAAAGAGACUCAGUUCCCGUCCUCCGACAGCUUGGCCACCUGCGCCCCUCAGAUGUCCCAUAUUUGCACCACCCCCUCCCAGCGCGCCCCAGAGCCGGCCCCCUGUGCCCCGGGAGUCGCCGGAGUGGCCUUCCUGCCACACCAGACCGUCGCCAUCAGAUUUCCAUGUCCGAUGAGUUUCAGUUCCAAAUACCAACCGUGUCUGCUGACGGAGACCGUGCAGAGUGCCUGCCUCGUCCGGCACAUGGAAGGGGACACCCUGAGAGCAAGGCACGUGACGGCACGUGACGGCAAGCCCGCGCCUUGCCCUCGGUAUGGGCAGACAGCCGCCACCCAGGCCCACAUGGACACGGAGAUCUUCAAGGUCACGCCCGCCCCGUGUCCCUGCCCCACGUCCAUGGCCACCAGGCCUCCACCCAAGAUCUACCCAACCUGCGUUGCCACCACCAAGGCCUUGGGAAAGAACUAUGCUGUGCCCACCAUGACAGUCGUGAAGCCCCUGCCCCAGCCGUGCCCGGCGCCCACAUUGACCAAAACCCAGGUCCGGCCCAUUGCCUCACAGACAAGCAACCCCCCACCGACACGCCCGGCUGGCCUCAUGGCCAAGAUCCCGCCCCAAGUGUGCCUGCUGGCAUCCAUGCUCAAAUCUCCGCCCCAGGCCCGCCCGCCAGCCGCCUCCAAGGUGCCUCCCCACGCAUACCCAGUGCCCGUGGUGCCCAAGUCUUCGCCCCACAUACGCCUGGCGACCGCCCCUGCCAAAAGUCCCCUCCAGCCGCCGUGUCACGUGACUGCCGUACCCAAGACCCCCUCCCAGACCUGCCCCUCGGGCUCCUCCAUGGCCAAGCCCCCGCCCCAGACGCGCCUGGCCGCCAUGAUCAACAAGACACCCGCCCAGAUCCGCUCGGUGGCCGCCGUCCUAAAGACACUCUGUAUGACUCCCCCCGCUGUGGCAGCCAGCAACCUCAAAACCACCCCACAGGCCGGCACAGCCGCUGGGUUCCCUGGCACCGCGUCCCACAUCCACCUGAGCCUCCCCAAGACCAAAGUCACGGUCAACGUGAAGCAGACAGCAGGAGCUAUUAAGCUGUCCUCGCAUUCCUGUUUAGCCGAGGGCAAGAACAAGGCCCCGGGCCGCCCGCCACAUCCAGAAGCUGCAGCCCCCAAGACGGUGCCUCCAGCGAGCGAGAAGGUUAAAGUGUGCCCCACGCAGAGGCACAUGAAGACGGAGACGGUCGUGUCCAAGACCAACGUGGCCGUGACCAGGCCUACGUCCUGGACCAAAGUGGCCGAGGCCCGGAGCAAACCCCCGCCCGUGUAUGUGCCCGCAGAAGUGGCCAUGACCCUGCCACAACCGCAGCUGGCCAUCCCGUUGACCAAGGAGGCCCUGUCUCAGACGCACUUGACCUCGCAACAAUCCAAGGCUGGGUCCCAAGUGCACAUGGCCGCCUCCCUGACCAAGGCGCCCUCACAGGCCCAGCUGACCACCUGCUUGAGUAAGACCGUGUCCCAGACACGCCAGCCUCCAGAGCCAGCUGGGGUCCUGCCUGAGGCACAGCUGGCCUCGUGUCCACCGGCCACCCAGCCCCAAGCUCCGUUGGCCACCUGCCCGAGCAAAGCUGCCCCACCCCGGGUCCAUCCGCUCGCCGAGCAGACCAAAAUCCUGUCCCAGGGCCGCCUGGCCACCUGCCUGGUGAGGUCAUCGCCUCCAAUAUACACAUCCAGCAAGCUGGCCAAGGACUUGUCCCAAGGCCACCUCACUUCAUGUACGUGUCCCACCAAGAUCUCGUCCCAGGUACACGCGUCCACCCAGCAGGUGCAAGCCGUGUCGCAGGCCCCGCUGACCACCAAGCCCUCCACGCAGACGCACCCGCCUCCGGAGCUGACCGUGGUCCUGCCACAGACGCAUCUGAUGGCUAGCUGUGCACCAACGCCCAUCUCCCACACACAGCUGAGCCCGGGUGCGGCCAAGACACCCUCCCAGAUCCACCCGCCCACCAAGCUGGUGGCCAAGACGGCCUCCCUGGCCCACCUCAUCACGUGCCUGUCCAGGGCUCAGUCGCAAGCUCAUCUGCCGCUCAACCUCACCAAAGCGCAGUCGCACGCACAACUGGCCACCGAGGCAUCCAAGGGCGUGUUUGCAGCCCACCAGUCCACCGACCUCAGUGCCAAGACCCAGUCACAGCCCAUCCUCGCCCAGUCCAAGGCAUCCACCCCACCCUGCCACCACCUUGGCACUUUGCCACGGGCCACGCCGGAUGACAGACUGACCAUACUGCAGGGCAAGGCCACUCAAGGGCCGCCCCCACCACAGCGUCAGGCGGCUGCGGAUGCCCCGGGCAUGCUGGUGCCCCUGCUGGCCCCCUCUGGACAUAUGCCCUGUAACAUGGAAUCCUGGGGCGACAGUGCCACCGCUCGGACUCCGCUGCCCACAGCCAGCAGCCAGGUCGUGCCCUGUCAGGAUGACCUGGCCACCUCCCAGAUCGCCUCUCUCUGUGCAGAACUGGCCAGCGUUCUCGGUUCCCAGGAAGACCUCCGGGCUCUGCUGACCAAAGCGCUGGCCCAAGGGGAAGUGCGGGCGGCCCUGAACCAGGCAUUGUCCAAGGAGGUGCUGGGCGCCACGGUGGCCAAGGCUCUGCCGCAAGGCAUGCUGAGUAUGGCCUUGAUGAAGGCACUGUCGUGGGGCGAGCUGGGCAUUGCGCUGUCACGGGCCUUGGCACGGGGCGAGCUGCGCAACGAACACACGAAAGCCGUGCAGGGCAGACUGGCCGAAGUGCUGAGCAAGGCUCUGACCGAGGAGGAGCGGGCGGCGCUGAGCCAGGCCCUGUGCCAGGGCGAGUUGGGCGCUGUGCUCAGCCAGUCUGUGUCCCAGGCGGCUCUGAGAUUGCCCAAGGGCGUGUCUAAAACGGCUGCCGCAGCAGCGGCAGUGGAGGCGGACUUCCGGGGGACCCCGACGGCCUCGUGGGCACCCACGCUGGGGCUCAUGCGGCCGCAGCCCAGCAAGGGCCCCGUGGAUGCUGCUGGCGUGGCCGCUGGCCAGUCGUGGAACGCGGCAGUCCCCAGCGUCGCCGUCAGGCCCAUGGCUUCCCGCCUCCCUGCUGCCACCACCAAUUCCGGCAGCGACAGCUCCGCCACGCGGGGAGCUUGGGACGCCGUGGGCGGUGAGGUGGCCACGGACCCCAGGCAGUUGGGCGACCUGGUCGUGUCGGUGCAGACCAUGGAGAGACUCAUCACCCACGCAGUUAUCACCAUCCAGGCUUGCGCCCGUGGCUACCUGGUACGGCGCACCGUGCGACUGUGGCACCAAUGGGCCACCAUCAUCCAAGCCACGUGGCGCGGCUACUGCGUGCGCCGGAACCUUGCCCGGCUCUACCAAGCCACCACCACUAUCCAGGCCGCCUGGCGAGGCUACUGCACCCGCCGGCAGCGUGCCCACCAAGUCCUGCUCCCCGCCGUGUGGGCCCAGAUGAGCGCCAGGGCUAUGGACCACUCCAAGAGCAUCACCGAUUCAAGCGGCGGGGGUGGCCUCCGUUCGGCCUCGGAACACCGCUGCUUCCAAUCCUGCCGGCCUCAUGCCUGCAACUUCUGCCAGUCGUUGAGCAAUCCCGGACUGGGCAACCCGCCGAGCGUGGUGAUGCUGGUGGGCAGCAGUCCUCGCACUUGCCACACGUGCGGCCACACCCUGCCCACCAGGGUGGUCCACGGCAUGGGCCGCAGCGUCUCCAGCAACCAGGGCACCGCCACGCAGUGGACCUACAGUGGCCAGCUGGGUCCCCAGAGCCCCCGGCAGAUCUGUGGCCGGGCCAGAGCGGCCACGGCCAUCCAGUCCGCCUGGAGGGGUUUCAGGAUCCGCCGACAGCUCCGGGAGCAGCAGACGGCUGCCAGGAUGCUGCAAGCCACCUGGCGGGGCCACUACACGCGCAACAGCCUGACCACCGAUGCGCUCCUGGACUCGGGGGGCCCCUGGGACCACUGUCGGAACCCCAACCGCAGCGUCUCCAGGACCACGCAGUGGCCCGGCGUCUAG